CGAUUGGAUUCAAUCUUUUAAUGUGGUUCAGCCCAAGUGUCUUAUAGCCCAAUCCAGUUGUCCAUACCCAUCCUAAAUUCUACAUGGUAUCAGAGCGAUCCUAGGGCAAAGUCUCGAAACCCUACGUUCGUGUUCUCGUUCGUGUGUCAUCCGGUGUGUUUGCCGUCAGCUCGGUGGUGUCUGUUCGUUGUUGGUGCGCCGGAGAUUAGAGCCUGUUGGCCUUCCUCCGUCGCUGGUCUGUUUGCCAUCAACCGCUGCCUUCAUCUCGUCGCCAGCUCAUGUGUUCAACGUCCGUCCCCAUGACCGGCGAAAUCGUGGCCUCCAACCCUAAAAAGACUCGGCUCAUUCAUGAUCCUUCUUCCAUAUAUUACCUUCACCCCUCCGAAGGCCCGGGUAACUCGUUGACAAAAUAUCUUCUUAAAAGUGAUAAUUUUGAUGUAUGGGAGAAGGCAAUCCGUAAUGCUUUGGGUGGUCGUGGAAAAUCUGUGUUCUUGUCAUCCGGAGGUGUUCCCAAACCUACUGAUGAACAGGAAUUGUCUGCAUGGUGUGCUAAUCAUCAAAUUAUUUGUGGUUGGAUUUUUAACAGUGUUGAUGAAUCUAUCCAACCUAGUAUUGUUUCUCAUUCAAUUGCUUAUGAGUUGUGGGAUGAUUUGAAGAAGCGAUAUAGUUGCUCUAAUGGGCCUCGUGUGUACCCGUUAAAGUCAGAGCUGAAUUCUUUACGCCAAAAAGGUCAAAGUGGUGUUUCCUACUACAACCAAUUUAUUACUUUAUGGAAUCAAUUGUAUGGCUCCUCAGAUCUUACCGGGGGCUGCAGGUGUGAGGUUGCAGGGGUCAUGCGCGCCCGUAUUGAUCGUGACAAAACCGUGGACUUCUUGCUUGGAUUGGAUGAUGAACAGUUUGGAAAUAUUCGUUCUCAGAUUAUAGGCACUGAACCGGUGCCCGAUCUCGACCAUGUGUAUUUUUUGGUCACCCAGGAGGAGCGCCAUCGUCAUAUCGUUCGCACUCGGGACGAUCGCACGGACUCCGUUGCUUUCGCCGCCCGACCCGACAAACGCCCUCUCGUUCCAAACAGGUCUUGUUCGCAUUGUGGUCAUACCAAUCAUAGCGUGGAUACAUGUUUUGAGCAUAUUGGAUUUCCAGCACAGUACGCUUGUGGUGGAGGGCGGGGUCGCGGCAGUGGCUCUACAAGUCGAGGGGGCUCGGCGUCCAGUGGCCGUGGCUCUACUCGGCGCGGCAGCGCCCCUCACACCCCUGCCGGCAGUGGGCAGCCGGUCCAGGGCAGUAGCGGCGGUCCUUCAGCAGCUGUCCAUGCAUCCGUGUCUGACCCGAGUGGCAACCUCAGUGAUCAAAUGUCCCGCUUGAUGUCUAUGUUAGAGGCGUCCGCUUCUCAUGCAUACACCGGUAAUUCUUCUUCUAAUUGGUUAAUUGAUAGUGACGCUUCGCAUCACAUGACAGGUUCUAUCUUACACUUAUGCAAUGUUGAGGAUGUUUCUCCUCAUUCUGUCUGUCUCCUUGAUGGGUCUCGUGUCCAGGCCACAAAACAGUGAAGUGUUCAUUUGUCAUCUCGUUUGGUAUUACGUAAUGUGCUAUACGUACCAAACUUAUAGUGUCACUUGACUUCUGUU